AUGCCUCAUGUGGUGUCACAGAUGAGUUCCGGGGAAUUCGCACGAACAAAUCUCGUCAACAGACAGUCGGUAUCUAAGUCAGUAGCUAUGCCGAAAAUAUCCGUCGAAUUUCAACGGCCUUCAACUGUUCUGCCUUACCGUCCCCGGAAAUCCAGCAAUCCCGAAGCAGUACCAAGACUGAGUCUACUCAUGCCUGAGAGUCAGUACCAUGAUUUUGGUUCCGUUAGACACAUACAGCAACCAUCGUGUAGCUCCGAUUCAUUUACCCCAUAUUCCUCUGCCGACUCGGUCUUCGAUCUGCCGUCAGGAACACCCUCCUUCGAGACUCCAAUUUCCUCUGUCAAUUCCCCCUUUGCUGCCGAGCUUGAGGAUACAUCUAUAACCUCGACACAAAACUCGCUAGGCCCAAAGUGCCAAUCAGCUAACGAAGCUUACAUCACGGAGCUCAAAAGUCCUCAAUUUUCCAAACUUGCUGCUAUAGCCAUCGGAAAUAUCAAGGCCAUCGAAAGAGACAACCGGAUACUCCUCGAACGAGCCAUUGCAGCUGAAGAGGCAACAAAAUUGCUGAAGGACCAGAAUCAAAGUCUCCAACACAGAAUUGAUUACUGCAAACACCAACAUCGACCGAAGACCGCUCCUGGAAAGUCUCCCCGAGCCGUCAGUGCCCCUACGCCCGUGUCCACUUUUAAUACUACCAUGAAGGUAGAACAGACGCUUCAUCCCACAAACGUUCCGCCUCCUCCACCUUGCUUGCGACCCUUGCCCAUUCCCAACAGGACGCCAUAUCUCUCUCCUUCUCCGUCCCUUGAUGGAAUAUCAAACCGGGUUAACAUGGCCAACCAGGGCAGUAAUAUCAAUAUGGAUAGUUAUUCCGCCCUAGACCGGUGCCCAAAAACUCCACAAACUCCCACGCCAACCGGCAAACGCCGCCCCCGGCCCUCACCCCUCGCACUCUCGCAGCCUCUCUCUUCCCCGGUCCUCCCGCGUGGCGUAUCACCUAGUCCUUUUGCCACCAUACCAUUCCCUGCAAAACCACAUCCCUAUCGGCGAACGCGUCCUAAUGAGAAUAUGACGUUGAGCCAGGCAAGAAUGAGAGAGAAGCCGUUGCCGCCGAAUGGGCCCAUGAGCCCGAGUACGAUUCCCGGGAGGGUGGAGAUCGGAUGCCAAUUGGAAGAGUGGGAGAGGGGGAAGCGUGUGGAUGGGAAGAAGAAGAAGGGGAUUAGAAUCUUAUUUAAGUUGGGAAAGAAGGGGCAAUCCUACUAGUUUGUAUAGAGCGGGCGGCAAGACUGCAUUCAUGGGCGUUGGAAAAUCCGACGCAUGGUAACGAACUUUACGACACUUCAUCUUGACCAUCCGCAAUGAUUAUAUUUCCUUUGUCUCUUGCAGUACUGUACUCGGUGGAUGGUGGAUUUAGUACCUUAUGAUAUACAAUUCUAGCGCAGGGGAGUCUGUAGGAAACCGUUAAAUAUCAUCUCAGCGU